UCUCACUCUCCACUCUACCCCAUUUCCAUACUAUUUCCAUACUAUUUCCUCACUCUGCCUCACCCUUAACCCUUAACCCUUCACACCUCUAUCUCUCUCUCUCUCUCUCUCUUGAACAAAAUGCAAAAUCACCCACUUAUGCAUCUCUUUCCUCAAUCACCAAAAUCCAAACUUUAAACAACCAAAUCCUACCCUUUAUCCCAAACAAACAAACAAAACAAAACCCAAAAUCUCCCAUUUUCAAAAAUCCCAUCUUUCCCUCUCCAAAAUCUCAAUCUCCCAAGAAAACAAUAAAAAGAAAAACACAACCUUUUCCCUGUUCCCACCUUCAAUGUGGCGACCAUGGAACAAAUCAUGUUCAUCUUCUUUCUCCUGCUCCUCCUUCAAAGACAUUCAAACCCUCUUCCUAGACGAACCCUCCACUACCAAACCCAAACCCUCCAUCUUCCACCGAGUCACACUCGCCAACUCGCUCCUCCGAACCUGGUCAACUCACCCCAAACUCACCCAACCCGAUCCCGGUGACCCACGCGCCGCCCAACCGGACUCUCCGGCAUCCAUUCCGGGAGCAGAGCAGCGCGUGGUGGUCUACUUCACCAGCCUGCGCGUGGUGCGUGCUACGUUCGAGGAUUGCAAAACGGUGCGUUCCAUCUUGCGCGGGCUUCGGGUCGCUUUGGACGAGCGAGACGUGUCCAUGGACUCGGGUUUUCUUUCCGAGCUUCGUCGGGUCAUGGGUCGAAAAUCCGGGUUGAAUCUUCCCCGGGUUUUUAUUAACGGUAGGUACGUGGGUGGAGCCGAGGAGGUGAGGUGGCUGCAUGAGAGUGGCGAGCUCAGGAAGCUCCUUGAAGGUUUGCCCGCAGCGGAUUCGCAUUUCCGCGUGUGCCACGUGUGCGGCGAUCAUAGGUUCGUCCUCUGCGGGGUGUGCUCAGGUGUGCACAAGGUGUACACGGAGAAGGGUGGGUUCAAGACGUGUACGGUUUGCAAUGAGAGUGGCCUGAUCAGGUGCAUCUCUUGUACUUGUUGAUCAUGUGCACCUGUCUCUCACGGAUAUGAAUCAUGAUGAUCUUUUUCUCGUCGUCACAGUGUUAUUCUGUUAUGUAAUUUUAUGGGCAUGUAAGAAAAUGUUUAGGACAAAGAGGUGGAGAUGGAUGCAAUGUGAGUUUUCUGCCUCUAGAUUGGUGUUAUUUUUAGCUAACUUGGUUAGUCUUUUACUUAAUCACAUUCCUUCUAUUUUUUUUUUUUUUUUAAAAAUUUGUCUAAGCUAAUUAUAUAUUGGGUUGUCUUUGA